AUGAACUCUACAACUGAAUUUAAAACACUAUCUGAUAAAGCUGCAGGUCAUACAGUUUCCGAUUCUCCGAACAACAAUCCGCAGGACAAAAAUAACGUUUUACAGAUAAAUGAGUCCAUUUGGUCCAGAAAAGAUAAUUCCGGAUCAGGAGACCACAUAUGGCCCGAAUCAUCUCCGGAGCGCGCUGUUCGUCGUCAGCGACCAAGAAACAAUUCGGCCGCUCCAAUGCACGGUAUUGUGCAACGCGGUCGAUCUGGUCGUUUACCACCAUUGGAUUUGUCAAAACGGAAGUGUACCUUGGAAACAAUUGUGGUCUCCGGGAUCAGUGUUGAAUCCGGUCCGGGUGCCUCGUGUCCAACAGAUUAUCUAAAACGGUUACGUCAAAAUAUGCCACCGAAAAAUCCCGAGAUAGAGCAAAGUGUAAGCAAAGUAGCCCAGAACACAAUAGAUCAUACUGUGAGACCGGUAAAAAGUAAGACGGACGAAAAUUUGGCAAAACCAGCAAAACUAAAACCGGUUAAAUUGGUGAAAAGACUUGCACGAGCAACCAAUAUGAAUGCGUCUUUCACGAUGGAUAAAAACCUCAUGUGUACAACAAAGAACCGCUCGAAUGCAGUGCAAGCUGUAAACCCAAAUAAACGUAAAAUAAGCAAUUUCAAUAUGAAAAAUGUUGGUGAUGCGGCCACUCCGGUCUCGACAACUAACACUGGUACUGUGAUGAACAAAGAUGAUCAAGGAUCGACUGGAAGUACACCAAACCGAUCCACUGAGCUGAUCACGGCCGAGUUGGAACCAACCACGUCGGAGACAAUCAAACAUCCCACGAAGUCUAAGACGGCCGAGGAAUUGGAAGAACUGGCCUCACGGGAUCGGUAUCUAUCAGUAAUGGAAGAAAUGUUGAAAAAACACAAAGGACUAUCAUCCCGUACGAACCGUACACCAACCGGAAUGGGUGGAAAUAGUUCCUCGGUAGUCCCAAGUCGUCGAAUUCANGGUUCACCGGACAAAAGUGAAUCAAUGGUGGUGGAACCGGACUACGAUCAGAUUCGUCAGGCAGCCUUAUUACAAGAGUGUGAGAACAUGUUGCAAGAGGAACUUCGUCCGAAAACUACUCAUACCACACGGAGCACAAUGCGUACCGAAACAAUGGUUCGUCCAAAAUCAGGCUCGAUUGUGGCCACCAAAACAACCGAGUUGGAACUUCAUCCCAGUUGGGAAAAUUCCAGCCUGGAAUCACUCGCGUCUGAGACCGAAUCAGUGGUCUCGAAUGCCGAGGGGAACGAAGCGGAAGGUGAACUCAGUGAGGAUGCCGAGCGGAGAAGGAAUUAUAGCGAUCGAACAAGUGAUCACAGGUUGCCCCAAAUUGAUCCGAACCGAAUCUAUUUUCAUUUCAAUCCUGUGGUCCAAAUUUAUCCGAAUCAAACUCCAUGGCGUGUUCGUUCCACAAUCCGCAGCAAAACGGAUCAUCAGACCACGGACACAGAAGUGGUGCAUGUGAUCGCCAAGAGUGAUUUCAAGAAAAGUUCAACUACACACCUAACAGAUGAUGAUUUGAUACACCGACGACCGUUAUCGGCCGAGCCCAUUCUGCUCAGAAGCAUGUCUGCGGACAAAUUUGUGGAAAUGCGACAAGCAUUCCAAUCUAUACGUCGUAACCGAACCUCCUCGUCAUCAUUGUCUGAUUUGCAAACAUUCAGUUCGUUGAGUGAUUACACUGAAUUUGAUGAGCAUAGAGCUCGGAUAGUUCGAUCGGCCAGUGAUGGUCCGACAGGAUUAAACUCAGUCACAAUGCUGUCGACGGUCGUUCCGGUCCUAACGGAAUCGGUCAGUCUGGGUAGACUGGGACCAACAGAUCGAUCGAUCAUCACUCAAGGCCGACCAUCCCGUCAUCGUGGUUCCCUAUCCAUUCAUGAGAACGUGCAGGAAUUGUUGGCACCAUCGGCCAAGCACAUGUAUAUGGAAGAGCUACCGGGCAUGCAAAAUGAACCGGCUGAGGAGAAAGGAGAUGGCACAGAACGUGUUGAUGAAGACGAUGAAGCGGAUCAGUCCUCUACCAGGAUGGCUAUCACCGGCCGAUGCGAGGAUGUUCUGUUAGCGUCAGGCGACCCGAAUCCGAUGACUUGGUUUGAUAUAUUAGAUGAGCGAUUAGCAAACUGUACACAACGCACCACAUUCCGAGAGAAACUGAUAGCCCAAUUUCGACUGAAAGGUUUACAGAAACGGUUCGUCUCCAUUCCGCAUGGAAUGUAUGGAUUGCAACGAGAACUGGAAAAAGGAUGGGAUAUUCGUCCAAAGCCGGAAUUACUAAUGAGUUGUGUGGUAAAGCACCACGUGUUAAAAAUGCCAUUGAGCACACCAAAUCCACAAUUGGUGGAGAAGAUUUAUACAAAUUCCAUUGUUCGUUACCCACUGCUAUACAAGUUGAUUAUGCGCCGACGAGAAAUCCUGCCACAAGAACUCCAACAAUUUCUCAAUCGAAUUAUGGAGAUGACCGAGACCUCGGAUCGGAUGUUGGCUUCUAUCACAUCAUCGACCACCAAACUGACUGCAGUGACUACAGCAGCCAAAGAAAUGGAUGCUUCUGGAUUUAUGACUGGGGGACCAAAAUUGAAACAGAAUUAUCGGGAGUCACGGAGUUCCGUCACCUCGAUAAAUCGAACUCGUCCUACCCGAGCGUCAACUGGCAGUCGUACGGCGAUUUCCGUCCCGUCAGAUCUGGAUGUGAUGUACAGCGAGACCCCAGAAGGGAUACCGAAACCGAAUCCGGCGAAGAAAGAUGCCGGAUUUUGCACUCUGUACGCGAAAGAAACCGAUUUCGAUAAAGGUUUCUAUACGGUGCUGCGAAAUCCAUGCACAAAUAUUCUUGAAGAAGUUGCUUUACACAACCCCGAAUUCGCGUGGCACGACUUACUCGAAAGAAUAUUGAUGUAUCGAAAGCAAAAGAAUGCACCGUCGGAAAGGAGUGACGUACGUGGUUCUUCUGAAACAUCUACUGGCCCCACGGUUAAUUCUAAAAGACCUCACCGAGGGGGCAUUCUGUUACAACUACCGGAAACAUUGGAUUAUUGUAAACAGUUGGUAUACCGGGUAUUCCAAACAUUCACGGAUGAAAACUGUCAAAAACCGGGCGCUCGUUGCUAUACCGAUUUGCUUAUCUGUUUACACAUGACAAAUUACUACACCGAAUUGGGAGAUAUUCUCGUCAAAGAGUUAGAUCAAUGGGUUCCUCCAUUGCUUGUCGGUUUGGAAAGUUGUUAUUCGUCCGUGCGUGAAGACACCUGUUGUAUUCUGGCCUAUUUAGUUUGCUCCUACCGUUUGAUCACCAGACUUCAUGUAGUGAGCAAAAAUCUACUGGUCGCCAAUAUCAGUUUUGCCAUUCUGUCCGCAAUCGGUCAUUACCCGGAAAGCUACGCAUUCUAUCAUGGUCUGUUAGGUUACAUGUUACACGCUCUGCCUUGUAUCUCCACAUUGGACUGUCUGCUGCUGUGGUUACCCUCGGUUCAGAACAACGAGAACAAUUUGGUGGCACGCGAUUGGAGUCUGUACGUGUACUAUGUGUUUCGACAUUGGCCCCGAAAUCCGUUCUAUCUGGAUGCGAUCUAUCAGAAAAAACUACUUCGACCAUUGGAGACAAGCUAUCUGACCAAGCAUGCCAAACGGACCGCCCGACUUGCACUGAGCUAUCUAGUUCGCACGUGUAAUGUGCGCAGUGCACUGCUCAUCUGUUGGCCGGAAAACGAUGAUGACGUUCCACUAAGUUGA